AUGGCAGGGUCCAACGCCGUCCUGAUCCUCCUCGUCCUUGCAGCGGCCGUGGUCGCCGCAGUGUCCGCCAGCUCCUCAGAGGAGUCCAGCGCCAAGCCGACCGUCCUGAUACCCGUGGCGGACACCCCGGUCGGCUCGUUCGAGGGCGCCGAUGGGCCUGUCGCCGACGACGCCCUGGACGACGAGGAUGCCGCGCCAGUGGGGGCACCCAUCGGUACCUCCAUGAUGGAACCCAAGCCGGAGCUCACUAACACGCCCCCCACCGAAAGUGAUUCAGCGGGUACCAGCGGCAAAACUGCUGCUUCCUUCCUCGUGGGUGGCCCUGUCGCUGCUGUAGCAGCUGCUGUGGCAGCCGCCGGCGUCUUUGCCUUCUAA